AUGGCGGCGAAGAAAGUCCAUUCAAAUCGCGGAGCAUCUGUACCGGACUCCAUCGCAGUCGGCGAUGGGAAAGAAGUUCUAGCGGAGUGGCAGAAGCGCUGUGGUAUCAAGAAAGAGGAUCAGAUUCGUCUUGUCAAAUUGAGCCACAUGAGGUAUCAGCACCCGGAUCUCGAAAAGAUCACUGAUUUUUUACUUGAUUUUGGAAUGGAAGUAGCUCAGCGGACAGAGAACCAAAUUUGGUUUCGCGGAUACGGCAGUGAUCAAUACGUUUAUUAUGCCCGGAAGGGCCCAAAGCAAUUUCUUGGAGCUUCAUUUCAGGUAGAGACCUAUCAAGAUCUAGAAAAAGCUGCUCAACUUCCAACGGCUGGAGAAAUCCAAGAGAUGAAGGAUGCUCCAGGGGGCGGAUACAUUCUUACCUUAUUUGACCCUGAAAACAUUCCUGUCAAUCUCAUGUUCGACCAGUCACCUGCAAAGCCAAACGGAUAUCCCGAGAAACUCAUAAUCAACCACGAAAACGAUAAACCACGAGUUCUCAAGUUCCAGCGUUUCGAUCCCGGUCCGGCUGCUGUACACAAGCUGGGUCACUUUGGGUUAUGUGUCCAAAAGUUCCAGGAAAUGGUCGACUUCUACACCACCAACUUCAACAUCGCCCCUACCGACUUUCUCUACGUCGAAAAGGAAGGCGAGAAACAAAACGUCGCUAUGUUCGCUCACAUUGAUCGUGGCCAGGACCUGGUCGACCAUCACAGCUUCUUCCUCAGCGGCAACCCGACCACACAUGUUCAUCACUGUUCCUUUGAAGUUCAUGACUAUGACACACAACAUCUGGGUCACCAAUGGCUCGCAAAGCAAGGCUACGAGUCUGUCUGGGGCGUGGGAAGGCACAUUCUUGGCUCACAAAUCUUUGAUUACUGGUGGGAUACUACGGGAAAUAUGAUUGAGCAUUAUGCGGAUGGGGAUCUGGUUAACGAGAAUACACCUAUUGGGUAUGGGCCGGCAGGGCAUGAGUCGUUAGCGGUUUGGGGUCCAGAAGUGCCUGCUACGUUUUUGAAUUAG